GUUCCAGUUUUGUCAUCAAAACCAUUCUACAGUGUUGAGCUUCUUUUAUUCUGCAUCUGAGGAGUCAAAAACAGUUUAGAGUGCGGGCUUUCCCGUGCAUUGCCGUCAUCUGUGAGCUGCUUCACAAACAAUGGACCGAUCUGACGCUGAUCAGUUGAACCCUCUGAUGUCUCGGGUUCCAGAGGACAACAGCAGGGACAACAGACCUUUCCCACUGCCUGCCUGUGUUUCCUCUGGGUUGGCUGAAGUUCUUGUCGUCUUUUGCAUUGGACUGUUGUCAGGAGCUGCAGGAGGUCUUCUGCUGGGAGGGACAGCAGUCGUUACGCUUCAGUCCCUGGAGCUUCUGGCUGACAACAGGCUGCUCAUGGAGCAAUUAGAAAAACACAUCAUGGAUAAUGUUUAUUACAUUAAAUAUAAUAACAUUGUGUAUGACAUCUACAUAUCCGUACUUGCAGUGAUGUUUGGUGUUUUUUCCUCAACCUUGUCAUUAGCUGCAGGUAUCUCUAUUGGAUUCAAAACAUAUUCACUGGUGAUCAAAAUAAAAGGUGAAGCAGCGAUGGGGAAGGCCCUGAUGUGGGCUGGCCAAGUAUGUCUCAUGGGUGUCACUGCAACUGGAUACAUUGUGGGCCUCACUUUAGAAAGUUUUCUCUCCAUUAUUUUUAAUUGGACUAUGUCUCUAUGUUUUUUAAUUUCAGUACCAGUAACAUGGCUGGUGGUUCCAAUGAUCAGUGAGAUCUGUUGUAAAUCACGUAACUGCGAUCCAAUUAUCUGGUGGUUUUUCACGCCACUUGCUGCAGUGAUUACAUUAGCAAUAAGUUCCUUGUGUAAAAUCAGGAUAUAUCUUGUAGCUGUUUUGAUUCCUACAAUUAUGGCUGCAAGGGAACUUGGAAAUUACUUCGAACUAAGUAAUGUAACUGUGCCAUUGAUGUUGAUCAUUUCUGAUGUAUAUUACAUUGCAGGCUGGCAGAUUGUUUCCUUACAGUCACCAACAUUCACAAACAUUAGCAGUGCUGUAGUAGAGGCCAUUAUUGUUGGAGUUUUAGCUUCUCUGCUGUGGUCUGUUACUGUAGGAAUGUCAUUAUUUGUGUCCUGGCAAAAGGGUGGAGCAUUUAAAAUCGGUGCUACUGCUGCAGCUUCUGGUUCAGCAGUUUUAGGUGCUAUAAAGAUGGCUCUUCCUGUGCUGGGUCCAGGUCCUACUAUAGGAGCUCUGAUAGGGGUGGCAGGGGCAGUAGGGGUUUCUCUUUCUGCAGCAGGGGCUGUAGCAGACCAGUUUGGACAAGCACUACGCCGCUAUGGGUUUGUAGGAAGGUUGGGGCUGACAGUGGGGGCCGCUGUAGGAGCUUUUCUAUCCUCAUGCGCUCACAGCGGGCUGUCAGGGAUGUUCAUGGCUCUGUGCGCAGCUACAAUUCCUGCCGGAGUGUUUAUUAAACAGUUUUUUGAGUCCAUACCUGUACAUUCAGAUUCCACAUUAGGAGAAAUGAUUGUGUUUUUAUUGUUAUCAACAUUGAUCUGUUAUAUAUAUGGCCUCAUAGCAUUUAACCGCAUCAUUUCUUUCGAGAUUGUAGAAUGCAAGUUUUUACUAUGUAGUAUAAUUGCAUCUUUUUUUAGUUUGCUGUUGUGAAGAACAGACAUUUACCAUUUUAUGUGUCACAACACAAUACAAAACAAAUUAACAAAAACAAAACAAAUGACUAUA